CGGAUUCGGUCAUAAUAUGUACUGAGAUAUUUAUGUGGUUAUAAAUUGAAUAAGUAAAACAAAUAAGAGUAAUGCUCAGAUUUAUAAUUUUAAAAUAACUUUAAAUACUUAAUCCAUGAAUUCAUCUAGCGUAGCCAGAAAAAACAGGAGAAUGCGACAAAUGCAACUCCCUUCUUUAUCAAACAUACGGACAUCAGGUACACCUUUGCCUUUAUACACUGUAGAUUCGAAAGUGAAUUUUUCGGAAGGUUGCGAAUCUUCAGAUAUCUCACUUAAUAAAAAUGAAAGUCAUUUGAACAGUGAUUCUGAUAGUAUAAAACCAAAGGAAUUAUUUCAUGAUGAGGGAAACGGUACAUAUGCUACAACUGGCUGCAGCUUUAUUAAUUGUGAUGUAUCUAGUCGUCCGAUCGGAAAAGUUUUUGUGGAAGAUGAAAGCGGAUUCAAGGAACUUGAUAUUCAACAGAUGUUUCAGCCACAUAACAGCAGAAGUCCUCCUCAAACUAUAUUUAAAAAUGAACUUGCCAUUGAUUUAGCUUAUAAAACUGCUAGACAUUUUCACAGUGUGAGCAAUUUUUCCCAUGGUCUCCUCGGUGGCAUGUCAUUUUUACAUGUUUUGCUGCUGUUCCAUAUUAUGUCAUCAGAAUCAUUAAAAGGUGACAUUAUCAAGAAUUUUAGUUUUCUGUCACAUCCAGUUCAUAAUGUUUUUAAUUUCUUGUGUAUUAUUUGCAUUAUCUCAGCAUUUGAUAGGUAAGCUUGUUUAUAUUCCAUA